AUGAAAAACUACUUUAUUCUUAACAUUAAAAGAACUUAUCGCCACUAUUCAAGGAAAAAGAAUAUAAAUAAUAUAAAUGGGAAAAUAAAUGAUCCAUAUAGUGAUUUAUAUAAGUUGAAUUAUUAUGGGAAUAGCUUUAAAAAGUUACCAAAUAAAAAAACAAAAUCAAAUGAAUAUGAAUUAAUUAGGACAUCAAACAAUACAUUUACUUACUCAUCCCCAUAUCCUCCUAAUAUCAAUUAUACCUUAAAACCAUAUCCAGAUUCAGCAAAAAAUUUUUAUUACGAAAAUAGAAAUUAUGUCAUGAGAUACAAAAAUGUGGAAUAUAUUCCUAUUAAGAGACUUGCUUAUAAAAAUGCGUCAAAAAAAACAAAUUGGGAAACUUAUUAUAUGAGGAUACAAAAAUAA